GUGCACUCUCUCCUUCUGUGCAAUUGCUUGAGAAAAUAAAGUGUAUCUGACUUGCUGCACCCAACCUGAGAGUGAGAACUGUGUUUUUCUCCGACAAAGGCGAUUGUAAGCAAUAGCUAAGAGGGUGGAGGUGAUGUGUUGUAGACUUUCCUCCACUGCUAUGUUCUGUCAGAAGCUUUUUUUUUUUUUUUUGUCCAAAGUUGCUUUACACUGGAAGAAAUGUUCUGCCAAAAAGCAUUAGAACAGGGGAAGAUGGGUAUGCUUUAUUGAGAGAUAUAUUCAGAGUGUUCUCUUUCAUUUCUUCCGAGUUUUCCGCUUCAUCUCUGAGGUGACACAGCAGAGGGACUGAACGUUCUGUUUUUAUAUCUUGGACAUAAAAUAUUUAGAUAAAUUUUAUUUAUUUCAUUUGGACACAGUAAAUCCUUGAUUAACUGAGACCUGCCUUACACUAUGCCUGGUCAUUAGCACAAAUAAAUGAACUUUAACCCAACGUCAUGAAUUUUGAGGCUGGCUCCUUUUACAUGACGUAGUCUUUUAAUCCACUGAAAUAUUAUUCAGCUGAUCACCACCUAGAGGAAUACUGACUCUUUGUUGGGGCAUAGACAAUCUGAGUAAAGGGUUCAGAGUAGCAGCCGUGUUAGUCUGUAUCCGCAAAAAGAAAAGGAGUACUUGUGGCACCUUAGAGACUAACCAAUCUGAGUAAAGUUGUCCUUAAGUCUGUUUUGAUUUUUUGAAAGUUGUCUCCUCCACUGUGUUAUUUCGCCAAGUUAAAGCAUAAAUUACUCAUCUCUAGCCUAAAGAUGAAGCUUUGGCUUCCUGUGACAGCAUUAAUGGUCGGAUCCAAUUUUGUUUUCAUAGUGUUUGUGAGAAAAGAAGAAGCACACCAGGUGCUGAAGAUCCGUAAACGCUCUAACCAGUUCCUGGAGGAGAUUCACCCAGGGAACUUGGAGAGAGAAUGCAUUGAGGAAACCUGCUCCUUCGAGGAGGCAAAGGAGAUUUUCCAAUCGCAGGAGAAAACAAUGGAGUUUUGGUUUGCUUACAAAGAUUUAAAUCCCUGCAAAGAGAAUCCCUGUAAGAACGGUGGCGUCUGCAAACAGAAACACUACGAUUAUUUCUGUAUCUGUCCCCCACUGUUCGGAGGAAAGAAGUGUGAAAUAGAGAAGUUUGAAUGCUGGUACAAGAACGGCGGCUGCUGGCAGUAUUGCCAAGACACCGCCCACUCCCUUCGUGUGGUGUGCUCCUGUGCAGAGGGUUAUGCCCUGGGUGAUGAUGGAAAGAGGUGUACGCAAUCAGCUCAGUUUCCCUGUGGGCUGAUUAAAAGAUCCAUGCGUGCUUUGGAGGAAGUUGUCCCUGGGCUCAAUGGGAUGGCAGAGGGGAGAGCCCCCAGGCUCAACGGGAAGGUGAAGAGGGGUGCCCCCAGGCUCAAUGAGUCGGCAGAGGGGGACACCCCUGGGCUCAAUGAGUCGGUGGAGGGGGGCACCCUCAAGCUCAACGGGAUGGCAGAGGGGGCCACCCCCAGACUCAAUGAGUCAGCAGAGGGGGGCACUCCUGGGCUCAACUGGAUGGCAGAGGGGGGCAUCCCCAAACUCAAUGAGUCAGCAGAGGGGGGCGCCCCCAGGCUCCAUGAGUUGGUGGAGGGGGGUGCCCCCCAGCUCAAUGGGUCAACAGAGCGGGAGGCCCCCAGGCUCAAUGGGUCGGCAGAGGGGGGCACUCAUGGGCUCAACCAGAUGACAGAGGAGGGCACCCCCAAACUCAAUGAAACAGCAAAGCAAGGUACCCCUGGGCUCAAUGGGUCGGCGGAUGGGCAGAAUGUGCAUGAUGGCCUCAAUCAAACCGAAGCUGAAGGAAACCUGACAGAUGGAGAUCUACACAACUGGACAAAAGUCUACCAAACUGCAGAGCAUGAUGAUACCAGGAUCACUGGGGGAUCUUUCUGCCAUCGUGGCCACUGUCCCUGGCAGGUAUUUAUCCGAAAUAGCAGAGGUUAUGGUUUCUGUGGAGGGAGUUUAAUCAGCAGCCGCUGGGUGGUCACUGCUGCCCACUGCCUUGAGAUUGUUAAACCACAUCAUGUUACGAUAGGAGACUUUGACAAACACCAGAGAGAAGUGAAAGAACAAAAGAUCGAAGUGCAACAGAGCUGGAUACAUCCACACUAUGACUCAGAUAACUAUAAUGGUGACAUUGCUUUGCUCUACUUGAGCAGCAAUGUUGUAUUUAAUGAGUAUGUACUCCCCAUUUGCCUUCCCAAUCCUAACCUGGCAACCCUGCUGACUGUGGAAGGGACUAGGGGGAUGGUGAGUGGAUGGGGUUCCACACAUCACAGGGGUCCUGGAACACGCUUCCUCAUGAAAGUCAAGCUGCCCAUAGUAAGCAUGGAAACGUGUAGGCAGUCAACAGCGAAGCUCAUUACAGAUAACAUGUUCUGUGCAGGCUAUGCUGCCAAAGCCCAGGAUGCCUGUAAAGGAGACAGUGGAGGCCCCUUUGCUGUCUCUUACCACAACACUUGGUACCUGCUAGGGAUAGUCAGUUGGGGUGAGGGCUGUGCUGAAGAAAGGAAAUAUGGUGCAUAUACGCGGGUAGCCAACUAUGUACCAUGGAUAAAGGAGGUGAUUGAAAAUCUAGCUGAUGCAGGAAGAUUUUUACCUUCAUUCUAAUGAGGACCAUUUCUAAAAUAUCAGAAAUGCUACCAGUAAUAAAACUGGAAAUUUUACAAUAGCUUUAACUUAAA